AUGUCUCCAAUCUCAAUCUCUACCGUCUUGAAGUCAACCCUGGGGCCCGUUCUCAUGAAUGGCAGUUCAAACGUGGUAGCGCAAGUAGUCUCGGCCUACAAACAUGGGUCUCCGCUCAUCAUUGACCCUAUUCAGUUGAUCCGCUUUAUGGCGUGCACGAUGAUCACAAACCCCCUCAUGGUCCUCUGGCAGGAUCAGCUCGAAGCUACGUUUCCAGGAUGUUCCAAUUCUAACUCUCCUAGCAAUCUGAAAUCAGUUGCAGGCAAGGAUAAAAGGGUUACAAGCCUGGCAGGCAACUUGGACGAAAAUUAUCAGCCGGGGAGUAACGCAGAAGAAAAAUCCACUCAGAAAUUGAAUAUUCGAAAUACCGUUAUCAAAAUUCUGAUAGACCAGACACUUGGGGCGGCAUGGAGUUCAGCUGCGUUUAUAGUAAUCAUCUCCGUCUUGCAUGGACAAGAUACCACUGCAAUCAAACAAUCCUUAAUGAAAGCAGCAGACUAUGGGACAAUGUUCGGGAUGCUUCAAUAG